AUGCUCGAAGCGAUGGAGUCGUUCUGUCGUACCCGACUGGACGAGAACAGUCCGACGAUCCGACUGAACCCGACCAAGUCGCUUGCUUCUCGUGGUCAGCUCGGUCGUACGACCCCGAUUCCUGGUGCCACUCACUGGCCGAGGUCGACCGCGGCGAAGGUAAUUCGUUCCCCCCUCGGCCUGCCCACCAGCUUCAAGUUCGUCGCACCCCGACCUCGGGCCCGGUUGCUGAGCGUCGUGGUGAAUCAGACCCCGUGCAAGCGUCAACGACCCAUGUCGACUGUCGAUUCACCCCUCAGCGAUGCCGAAGAGCACCUCGGUUUCGAAUCCGAGGACGAAGCUCCUGAGGCGCCGCGCGAGAUGACGAGAUCAGCCACGGCCAAGCGCGCGCGAAGGGCCUCCCAUGACAGCGGGGCCUCGGCAAGACAGUCGAUUGCACGCAUCCCAGCAAGCCGAGCAGAGACUACUUUCACGCAACAUACCUCGAUCUACGACACGAUCGCUCCCGAACGACUCGUCCAGGCGAGGUGCAUGGACCUCCGUGGCGAGAAGCUGCAGUCAGUUCCUUUCUCCGCACCCCCGCGCGCAGUUUUAGUCGUCUUCUCGAGUCUUCGAAAGGAGCUAUCCAUCCCCCGCGCUGGCACCACCUGAAACCGCAUAGAACUCAGUGCGAAUUCACUCAUGCAGUCUUCUUAAAUACUUUUCGACUCAAUCAGGACCAUUUCCGAGAAAGUUGGAAUCAAGAUGACAACUCUCGGAAGGUUUCUGGGUCGUCAUGUGAGUGCCCCCACGUUUGGGUCGAAAGCCACCCCGCGGGCAGCUCACUCAGGCUGACGACGUUCAACUCCUCGCCGGAGUCAGUCGCAAAAACACGCUUGCGUCUCCAACCGUCAACGCGCAAAUAUCAAAGCCGCACAGAACAGGAUCUUUCCACUCGCUAAAGCCAAGUUGGAGCAAGAGCAAGAAAUGUGCGUGAUUCCGCUGUGCUGUGUUUAGAUUCAGAUCGUCACUGAAGCCGCGGUCUUGACUGACACAGCCAAGCGGCUGAGGUCACCUCGCUGAUCACCGAGGUGGUGGUGGAGGAGGAGGAGGAGGAGGAGGAGGGAGAGGAGGAGAAUGAGACGGAGUUCAAGACGCUCGAACAAGUUCAAUCAGUGGAACAAGUUCAGUCAGACGAAGAGAGCGACACCUCGGAGUCCGAUUUCGAAGACGAGGAGAUGACAGCCCCGUCCACGCCCGAGUCAUCCGAGUCUCUUUUUGCCCCUUCAUCUAGCGAAAGCUCGAAGCCACGCCACCAUCGCCAGAAGGGAAUGAAGCGUUACACCGACGACGUCUUGAUCACUUGCGCGAAGCUUCACUUUCAAGGUCGAGCCCCAAGGUAGGUGACCAUGCCUUCUAUAGCUGGGUGGACCCUAUAAACCAGUAGGAGUGCUAAGAAGCGCGAGGCUGUCUGUAGUGCUAUUGUGCGUGCUCAAGCCAUCACCUCCGCGACGCUCUACGAUCUAAUUCAUUGCAAAUCUCGCGCCAAGGUAGGUCCUUCUUCACACCUCAUCAUCAAAAUGGUUCACUGAGCCAACCUCUGUCGCUUAAAAAAGAUGUACAGCCGAACGUGGUUCGAACGCCGGGUGAGGUGCCUCGAGAUCGGGAAGGCACAAGCUGCUCAGGAGAAAGCGAACGCGCAGGCCGAAUCGUCGAGGAAACGUCGCCCCUACAGCGCAUAG